AGCGAGUUCGUUAUGUCACACUUCGUACCAUGGAUUGCUUUGCUGAUAUUGAUCGGAUCUGUCAGGUCACAGGAAGUGCUUUUGCAAGGAAAGAUCGACGUAAAUACACCGAGAUUCGGCUUUAAUAUUUUGGAACCCAUACGACACGCGUUUUGCGUAAACUUUUGCGACUCAACGGACGAUACGGAGUACAUAAUGAACCUUGCCUGCGCCAUUAAAUGCCCUGAGUUGUAUUUGCCUCAUGGAUCGACAAACCCUACGUCGACAACGUCAAGUUCGUCGUCAAUGUCGCCAACUUCGUCAUCGACGCCAUCAAGUACAACGUCGACGUCAACGACGCAGUCUACUCCGUCAAGUUCAUCGGCAAUACCAUCGACGAUGAUGAUGUAA